GGUCGACUUGUUCACUUAAUUCUUGUUGCUGUAGUUUGUGAUAAACCAGCCACUCACAAGAUUGGUGGUUUUGGUUCGCAUUCACACACUAACUUAUGUACAGCUUGCUGGAUCAUGCAAGCAGAUAAAGCAAGAGCAGCCGCGUUUGUGAAAGAUGCAUUCAAGGAACAAACAAAUUUGCAACAGUGCAAGUUAGGAGAACAAUACCAACAACUGACCACACAUACUGCAUGCAAGAACUUCGUCAAAGACUAUGCAACACACUAUACUCAGCUUUCCAGGCACUCAUACUUCAAUUUAGUCAAUCAAGUUGUAAUCGACCCAAUGCAUAAUCUAUUUCUUGGUCUCGUCAAAACACAUUUCUACAACAUUUGGGUGCAAGGGAAAGUACUCCGUCCAAACCACAAACUGACCUUGUUUCACGACAUGCUU